CGCGCAGAAAUGUUCGUGUAGUCGCAUAUUAAUGACGUAAUAAGAUGGGCUUUGUAUUAUUUCAAGCGCGCGCGUCUUUUAAGUGGAAAGUAGGAUGAAUAAGGUGCACUCUGAAUACCAGUUGUCAUAAAAAAGAAGAAGAGGAAGGGUUUGAUUUGAGCAAAGCCAAAAAAAUGAAAGAAGCGUAUUGGAGAUCAGAGCAAGAAAAAUCUAAAAUCUGAGUCUGGAUCAAAGUGCAAUGAAUUGCACCACAAGCUUCCAUAACAGGCCUGGGAUGAUCAAAACGGAGUGCAGGGACCAAGGAGAGGGGAAACACCAUGACGAAGAUGGUUUCUCUUAAAGAAGAUGUCAUAAAGCAGGCAAUGAUCUGCAUCAAAGUAGAGGAUUGUGAGUGGGCCCCUGUCUAUUUUACACAAGAGAGUCCCGGUGUGAAACUUCUGGACUGUGAGAGAGAGAUAUCUUUACUUAAAGAGGAGGAAUCUGUUGGCAUUAAAGAAGAGGAUCAUCAGCAAGUCUCCAUUUAUGAUGGAAUGCAAAACUGUGAAACGACCAACAUUUUCAAGCAAGAUUUGUCUUCUGAAAAUGACUCCAGUUUAUGGGGGUUGCCGGUGUUUCAAACAGACUCUGCUAAAGGAAAACAAAACUCUCCAAAACCGCACUCUGUCCAAGAGAAGUCUGAAUCACCUGAGUUGGAGAACAAAGUGAUGGAGGAAAUGUGUGACAGGAGGGAGGAGAAAGAACAACCCUCCAUGGUGCAGUCUGGAAUAUCAGAUUUCCCAGAGACUGGCAGCUUCUCUUCACCUUCAUUUGCUCAGACCUCUCUUUGGUUCAACUCUGAACAGAACAACUGCAAUGAAAAUACAAAGAAAAAGGUUUGGAGAUCUGACAGUCUGCCUUCUUUGCAAUACAGUUCUCUGCAGAUUGGACAAAUAGCAACAAUGGAUGACAUUGGGUCCCAUCCGCAGAUUCAAAAUACAAAUCUGUUGGCGUUGUUAGUUUGCCAAGAAUGUGGAAAAUCCUUCACUUGCAGAUUUGAUUUUAAAGACCAUCAGAGACUUCAUAAGGGAAAGCAGCCACAUGGGUGCAUUGAAUGUGGUAAACAGUUCACUCAACUGGGCAAUCUUAAAGCACACAUGAGAAUCCAUACCGGUGAAAAGCCACAUUGUUGUAAGGCCUGUGGUAAACGAUUCUCUCAGCUCAGCCAUCUGCAAGCACACACCAGAGUUCACACUGGAGAGAAGCCGCAUGGCUGUGCAGAAUGUGGCAAGCGAUUCUCCCAGCACAGCCAUCUCAAAGCACACUCAAGAAGUCAUACCGGAGAGAAGCCACACUGUUGUUCAGAAUGUGGAAAACACUUUUCACAACGCAGGGACCUUCAAACACAUACAAGAGUUCACACUGGAGAGAAGCCACACUGCUGUGCUGAAUGUGGGAAACUGUUCUCGACCAUCGGCAAUCUUGCCAGGCACAAAAGGAUUCAUGCUAGGGAGAAGCUAUUGCACAGUCUUCAAAGAUGCACAGAUUCAUGUGGGAGAGAAUCCUUGUUCACAUUAACAAGUGGAUGAUUCUCAAAAACAUGCAAGAUGUUCCCCUCGUUGCUUCUGAAAGAAAUUUUAUUUUAAACAACUUUUUUGCCAUGCAGGAAACGUGUGGGGAAAACAUGAGGCCAAAAUAAAGUCCUACAAGGGGAUGCAAUGAUCUCUCCUGCAAUAACAAAUCAAGGACAAGCAGAAAUUUCCAAUGUUGGCCCCCUGUGUGAAUAGCAUUCACAUAAAAUAUGGUUAAAGUGUUGAUACUACAGAUAAGUGAGUCGCAUAAAGGAAAAAAGAAAAAUGUUUCAAUCACCUUAGAGAUUUGACCCAUUUAUGAGCUCUAGAAAUGUAAGGUUAACAAAUUGCAGUAAAGACUUGAACAUCUUUAUAGCAGUUGCAGUAAAGACUUGAACAUCUUUAUAGAAUGGAGGACUAUGAUGUCGAAAUAGAAACAGAAAUUAGGGCAAUAAAAGAAGAAUUAGUAAAAGUGUAAAAGAAAAAAUAAAAUUUCAGAGUUCAAGAACAAGAGGAAGGAGAGAAGUGUUCUCGAUACUUCUUCAAGAAAGUAAAGGAGAGGGUGAAAAGGCCAAAAUAGUAGAAAUAAUAGAUAGACGGAAAUAGUAAAAGAGAAAAUAAGGGAAAUGGUUCUGGCUCAUUAUCGAUUUAAAUUUACAGAGAAAAAGAAAUAAACAAUGAGGAUAUAGACCAAAUGGCAAAGAUGAUAAACCGAAGAUUUGAAGGAGAAAAAAAAGGAAAGCUUGUGUCAAGAAAUAGAAAUGGAAGAAGUGGAGUCAGCUGCUAAAAUGUGCAGCAGAGGGAAAACUCCAGGGAAGGAUGGUUUGCCGAUAAAAUUUUAUUUGGAAUUUUGGGAUAUAUAUAUACAUACAUACAUACAUACAUACAUCGUUUGUUUAUGGAAAUUCUAAAAGACCAAGAGAUGACAGAAACAAUGAAAAGGGGAAUAAUCACGCUCAUUCCAAAACAGGAGGAAACAAUGGACAUUAAAAAUUGGAGACCAAUUACGCUGCUGUGGCAGGACUACAAAAUAUUGACAAGAGUUUUGGCAAAUAGAUUGAAAACAGAUAUUGAGAGUGUAAUAAAAGAACAGGCAUGUAUGGUACAGGGGAGAAGUGCAGCAGAUAACCUGUGUGUCUUAAGUGACUGUAUUAAUUUCAUGAGAGAGAGAAACCUGGAUGUCGGAAUAUUAAAUUUAGAUCUGGAGAAAGCAUUUGAUAGAAUUGCAUAUAAAUAUAUGUGGAAGAUACUCCAAAAAUGAGUUUCCGAAGGUUUUCUGAACUGGAUAAAAGUAGUCUAUAAAGAUAUAUGAAGUCAGAUAAAAGUAAAUAACAAACUAAUGGAGGAGUUAAAGGUGAAAUGUGGACUAAGACAAGGGUGUCCAUUGUCAGCAGUGUUGUUUAUUCUGUGUAUAGAGCCCCUGUUAAAUAAAAUUAGGAAUGACACAAAUAUAAGAGGAGUUGAAGUACCAGGAAGUGGGGGGCAACAGAUAAAAGUGUUUGCAUAUAUGGACGACAUAACAACAAUAGUAAAAGAUACAUGAAGUAUAAAUAAAGUAAUAGAGCAUACGAAAGUGUUCUGUAGGGGGUCAGGUUCAACUGUAAACCUAAAUAAGAGAGAAUGCGUCCUUUGGGGGAAAUGGAAAGAAAAACCACUAGGAAGAAUAAGGUUAUCAAAUGUGGUGAAAGUAUUAAGGAUAAGAUUUGGAGACGAGAGUACGGAGAGGAUGGAGUGGAAAGAAACGGAAAAAAAGAUAAACAAAAAAAACGGGUUUUGGAGGUUAAGGAACCUGUCAAUGGAAGGGAAGGUAUUGU